GGCACCCGUUGUAAUAUAUCGAAAUUCAGCCCAUUGCGCAACAGUGCCGUAGUCCCCGAGUCCCGUUGGAGGGCGCGCCGGCCUUCCCUGCCCAGCGCGGUUGGGGGCGGGUGACAAGCGUCAUGGAUACGAGACAGCCAUCGAGACUUCUACCUCUUCUCCCAGCUCGAACGCAGGCAGUGAAUGACAGCAGUGGAAGUUUCAGCGGCGCCGAGGAACGGAAUACCGAAAUGUCCCGGGAUAUAGCCACUUCGAACCGGCCGAAACGAACCGCCAUCUCCGUCGCCUGUGAGAACUGCCGCCGGAGCAAAGCCAAGUGUGAUGGUGCGAGACCCUUUUGCCAUCGUUGUGCCGCGAGGGACGAAGAUUGCGUCUACAGAGCCGACGUGAAUGAGACAGCCUCCCAAGCCCUCAAACGCAAACACCGCGCUCUACAGCUGGAACUCGCUCAAUACAAAGAGCUGUUCAAUUUAUUGCGCGAUAGGCCAGUCGAUGAAGCCCAGGAGAUAUUCCGCCGCGUCAGGACGUCCAGCGAGCCCGCUCAGGUUCUUCACGCCAUCAGACACGCCGAGAUCCUGCUACCAUCCCCGAGUACCGACGAAUGGGUGGGACAUGCCCAACUGGCCAAGCUUGACCGUGAUGCCUUGACCGACAGCGCGAUCAAGGUCUCGGCACGCCCGUGGACCAGCGUUGUUGGUGAUGGCCUCGUCUCUGAGUUGAUCACCAGCUUCUUCGUAUGGGACGACACUUACUGGUUCGCAUCGGUUGACCGAGACGCCUUUCUUGAAGAUAUGGCUACCGGAGAUGUCCGAACAGCGAAGUGGUGCUCUCCCUUCUUAGUAAACGCCAUUUGCGCCCUGCGAUGUCAUUUCGUGGACCGUGCGAAGCAAUUUGGCGCCAUCACGCGACAGAACAUGGCCGAGCGAUUUUUCGAAGAAGCAAAAAGCCUGCUUGACCGGGAACAGGGCCGCUCCUCCCUUCCGACGGCCCAGGCCCUGGCCAUAAUGUAUUUUGUCGAGGCGGGCCUGGGGAGGGAUCGAGCCUCGCAGCUAUACCGCUUCGCCGCCCUCGCCAUGAUCAGUCGCCUAGGACUCGAGCGACGCUUCACAGCGCUUAACGAGAACGACCCCGGCGUCUCGAAAGAGAGGCGAGCAAUUUCGCGUGCCCUAUGGGGCCUUUACCUACAAGAGAGCCGUGUCGCUUUUUAUUACUAUCAGCCGUCUAUUCUCCCUUUGCCUCGGGUGCCGAAAUUGUUCGACUAUGGGGGGGCCGCCGCAGCCGAUAAUGGCAUGGCGAAUGUCGACGUCCUGGGUCAGCCGUUGGAGGAAUCGUCGGACAAGAUACCCCUGGUUCCCGGCACGCUCACCCUUAGUUGUGAGUUGUCUCAGCUGUGGAAUGAAUUGAUGCAGCAUUUAACUGCGCCACAAACCGUCAGAGGCAGCGACUAUGAUGUCCGCCUAAGAAAGGUCUUCUACACGAGACUAAGGCGCUUCCGGGAAGACCUGUCGGGGAGAUUCAGGGUCGAGAACAAUUUUACACCAUCAACCUGCUUUAUCAGGAUGCAUGAGAACGAGGUUGCACACACAAUCCUUCAGACCCUCCCUUACGAAACCCAUUUCGAAACGCCUUUCACCUCCCGCGGAACUCUCGUCAAAGAUCUUGUCCUCGAACACUGUCGGAGUGACAUAGAACUGGCCGAGGUCUACCUCCAAAAGUGGCCUUACGAGGCCAUGAGCUCCCGCGUGCUUCAUGUGGCCACACAGACACUUGUUCCCAUCCUCGACGACCCAGUAACGCACGAUCUCUUCACAAGGGGCUGCGUCAUGAUGCGCCUUGCUUCCCGCGUCAUGAAGGUUAUGGGUCGCAUGCUUCAGGCCGUACAGGCCCUGGCAUGGGCUCUGGAUAAGCCCAUCCCGGUAAGCGCGCGGGUAUACCUUGAGGACUGGGGCCAGGAUGCCGUCGAGAAAGACCUACCCGUCUCCUUUGUGCUACCUCAGCGAGAAGAGAUCAGGAAGCUGCUGGCCUCUGGUGUCGAGGAUACUGAUGUGGAAAGUCUCGAGGGGCAGCUCGGGGUAUUAAUCGAGAAAUGGGCCAAGUUACGCCCAUGAAUGAGCACACCCGGGACAUAAUAGGUGCCGCAGCCGGGCCUUUCUUUUCAGCGGUUAAGUGCUGCAUGUCUCCUCGCCAUUUGCCGCACAUGUCACCGAGCCGUAUGUUCGUUCCCUCCUCCCGCUGCAGAUAUGGAGUCGAAAAGAGUCAGAUGGAUCGGC